GUCUCACUUUUUUUUUUCCCUGCACAGAUUUUAGGGUUUACAUAGUCAGUCGGCUCUGUUUACUUCACCGUUUCCAACUCUCUGUCAUUGAUUGAGCUCCAGGAAGAGGAAAAAAUGCUGGAGCUUUACAAGACCAGCUCCGUCCAGUGGAAGCCGUCGCCGGUCGUAGCCCUAGCCACCAGCCUCGACGACUCCCAAGUCGCCGCCGCCCGCGACGACGGCUCCCUCGAGAUUUGGCUCGUCUCUCCCGGCUCCGUCGGCUGGCACUGCCAACUUACAAUACAUGGGAACAGCGAUUCGAGGGUUUCCUCCCUUGUGUGGUGUCAAUCCUGCUCGACCGGUUUGCCGCCAGGUCGGUUGUUUUCGUCGAACAUUGACGGUUCGGUUUCGCAUUGGGAUCUGUUUGAUUUGACAGAGAAGGUUGCGCUAGAUUCAAUUGGUGUCUCAAUUUGGCAGAUGGCUGCGGCACCUAUUAUCAGUUCACCCCAUCAUACAAAGGAUGACACCCUGCUCAUUGAAAAUGGCCAUGCUAAUGAUAAAAUUGGCGAUGAUGAUUACCCUGAAACAAGUGAGAGUGAAGAUGACAGUGACUUGGUUGAGCUUCAUGGACAACCAACCAGUGAAAAUAGGCUCGUGGCACUUGCUUGCGAUGACGGUUGCGUACGCAUAUAUAGUAUCUCUGACUCUGAUAAGUUAAUUUAUGUGAAAUCGUUGACACGGGUCAGUGGGCGUGUUCUAAGUGUGACCUGGAGUCCUGAUGGAAAUUCAAUAUAUUCAGGGAGUAGUGAUGGGAUUAUCCGAUGCUGGGAUGCUAAAUUGGCUCAUGAGAUCUAUAGGAUUACAGUUGGCUCUGGAGGUUCAGGUAGCGGACGUGAUCUUUGCAUAUGGUCGUUACUUGCACUGAGGUGUGGGACUCUUGUUAGUGGAGACAGUAAUGGUAAUGUUCAGUUUUGGGAUAGUCAGCAUGGAACGCUUUUGCAGGCGCAAUCUUGUCACAAGGGUGAAGUCAAUGCACUGGCAGCAUCUCCUAGCCAUAACAGGGUAUUCUCUGCCGGUUCUGAUGGUCAGGUUAUACUUUAUACACUGUCCAGUGAAACAGUUGGAUCUGGUGAUGGCAAUUCUUCGGCAGAAGUGAUGAAGAGAUGGGUCUAUGUUGGUUAUGUCAGAGUUCAUACACAUGAUGUGAGGGCCUUGACGGUUGCAGUGCCAAUAUGUCAAGAAGAACUGUUGCCUGAAGAAAAUGUGAAAAGGGUUCGUGGUAGGGAGAAGCCUAUUGAUCUUGGUUACCAUAAGUGGGCCCAUCUGGGAGUUCCAAUGCUUAUCUCAGCCGGUGAUGACACUAAGCUCUUUGCUUAUUCUGUGAAGGAGUUCACCAAGUUCUCUCCACAUGAUAUCUGCCCUGCACCACAGAGGGUUCCCAUUCAACUGGCACUGAAUACGGUCUUUGAUCAAUCACCUUUGCUACUAGUACAGGCUUCUUAUUGGUUAGAUAUUAUCAGUGUUCGUGUAAAGAGUGGGGUGGUACCUGGUAUGGUUUCUGGUCCUUCCGGUGGUCUUGCAAAGACGGAUUUGCUAGUCCGGGUGAAGAGUAGGGCAGCUCAAAAGAUCAAUUGCAGCACCGUUUCUACCUCGGGAUUGCUUUUUGCUUAUUCAGACCAUGUGGAACCCCACAUGUUCAAAUUAAAGAGGUCUAAGGUUGGAAAAAAAGCGUGGAAAGAGAGAUAUCUUUUGCUUCCUUCAAAUCUACCGUUUGCACAUUCAAUGGUUUUCACCUUUGACGCUUCACAGUUGAUAAUAGCAGGGCAUGAUAGAAGAAUAUACGUUGUGGAUGUGGAAAGUGCAAAAUUACUACAUGCCUUUUCACCUUGCCGUAGGGAGCAUGAUGAGCAACUGCCACCUACGGAGCCUCCCAUAACAAAACUGUUUAUCAGUUCUGAUGGGCAGUGGCUAGCUGCUAUCAACUGCUUUGGAGAUAUUUAUAUAUUUAAUCUAGAGAUACGAAGGCAGCACUGGUUCAUAUCUAGAUUGGAUGGUGCCUCUGUAACAGCUGGCAGUUUUAGUCCCCGGAACAGCAAUGUGCUUAUCAUUUCCACCUCUUCAAACCAAGUUUAUGUAUUUGAUGUGGAGGCCAAGCAGUUGGGGGAAUGGUCCAUGCGACACACAUUUGUUCUGCCCAGGAGAUACCAAGAAUUUCCUGGGGAAGUUAUUGGGCUUUCAUUUCCACCGUCCUCAAAUUCGUCAUCUGUUGUCAUCUACAGUUCUAGGGCAAUGUGCUUGAUUGACUUUGGGUUGCCAGUUGAUCGCGAUGAUGAUAAUGACUUGGUAAACGGACAUGAGGCAACAUUCAAGAAGUUACGAAAUUCUCCCAUGAACGGAAAAUUGAAACGGACAUUGAAACGCAAUGCAUUGGAUAUGAAACACAAUGACAAAAGGAAUUUUGAAUUUGUUGAUUUCCGGGAGGGCCCUGUUUUAUUUGUUGGACAUCUUUCAAAAAAUUCUGUCUUGAUCAUAUACAAACGGUGGAUGGAAGUGGUAAAAACUUUGGACACCGCACCUGUUCACAGACACAUUUAUGGGACAUGACUGCUUGUUGGAUGGAGAUAGGUUUUCUAAAAUGGCUUUGGUGGGAGAGUUCACAUGUAGCAAUUUGGGCCAUAUUCUUGGGGUAUUACUUAGGACACUUGUUCGACAAUUGAACAGUACUGCAGGUAUCCACCCCCGCUACUCAAGGUUUAAAGUAGCACAAUCGUUUGAAAGUCAAAUGUCUACCUGCUGGCACCACUUAGGCUCAGAGGGUUUGUACAGACAGACUUUUUGGGUGCUAAGAUCCAAAGUUGAGAGGGAAAUAGGCCGGUCAUCAAAAGAAAAUGGGGAACUCGCUUAGAGAGCUAGAAGUGAUUCCCUCUUUUACUCAGAUGCAUCGUCGGGCUCUAUAGCAUGUUGUGUAAUGCUUGAUAGUUCUUACCUUGUAUAAGUCAUGUUUAAUUUAUCAGGGGUCUAAAGCACGUAGUUUUAUGUAAUCCUUGAUAGUUCUUGUUAUCAUUUUUUUUGAUCACCUAGUUCUUGUUACCUUGUUACGUUAUAUUAUGUUUACUAUUUGCAAUGGUUCAAUUAUUUCUGCUA